CAUCUUUCAGUUUCCAAAGUAUUUCCGUCCAAACUGAAUUCCCUUGGUUAUCCGACGAGCGUUGUGGAUUUGGGAGCUUCAAGAUGGCCUCGUUCCUGGCUUCUGCUCGGUAUCCAUUUCCCCGGCGUCCCCGGCCAGGCUAUGUCGAUCACCAGCCCCGCGAACCGCUCCCCAUUAUCAACCGGUAAUUUAUCCAUCAAUGUAAAGUAGAUCAUCUCAAUUGCAGAACCGGGACAAGAUCUAGGUAUGCCUGGUUCCAUAUAUCAUUAAAAUGGAUCCCAAUCCUGCUUCAACACCGUCAUGAUUUCCGCGAUGUCGGCCUCUCGAUCCUGGAGAAAUGUGCUACUCUUUCUUCUCUGCGUGUUACCUCAGGUACAAUGUAUCAUUGACCGCGAAUCAAUAGUCCGCCAAUUUAAUCUUAGAUUAAAUCAGUCUCAUUCAUACAGCCCUGUGCAAGUCGGGAAUGGCAACUUCGCAUUCGGAACUGAUAUCACGGGUUUGCAGACCUUUGUUCCACACAAUAUACUCUCGUCUUGGGGCUGGCACAACUCCUCGCUGCCUAACACUCCAAACCAAACCUUCACGACAGAUUUCACGGGCUUGGACUGGUAUACGCAUGGGCGACUAGUAAACUAUGCGCAGCCAAACCCUACGGAAAAGGACAUCAGCCAGUGGAUGAUAGCGAAUCCGCAUCGGAUCAAUCUUGGAAGAAUUGGACUCUGGUUUGGCGGCAGGAAUGUUUCUGAAAAAGAUCUGAUGGGAAAGAUGCAAGUUCUCGAUCUCUGGGAAGGGGUCAUAUCAUCAUCAUUUAUGCUUAAUGGGAUGAAGGUUGAGGUUCAGACGGUUGCAAGCCCAGAGACGGAUACCGUGGCCGUCGAGAUCGUAUCUAAGUUGCUAGAGAAGGGGCAGUUGGGCGUAUUCUUCGAUUUCCCGUAUGCGAGUGGAAAGAACAAGUUCGAUGUUCCAUUUGUGGGUGUUUGGAAUGCGACAGCGAACCACAGCACAGGUUUGGAGAAGAGCGGGAAUGGGGCGAGCAUUAGGCAUACCCUUGAUGCAACAAGCUAUGUCACUGAGCUUGCCUGGGAGGGCAGCGCAACCAUAGAUGGGCCCAUGAACGGAACGCACCGAUAUAUACUGAAACCUGGGAAGGACGACGACACGUUCUCAUUUACUGCAACUUUUGCGCCGAAAAAGGAGGCGACGGUCGGAAGCUUCGGAAAUGUGAAAGCAAGGGCUGUGGAUUUGUGGCACGAGUAUUGGGAAUCCGGAGCUUUCAUCUCUUUACCCCUUGCGAACGCCUCUGCGAAAGAACUCCAGCGGCGCAUUGUCCUCUCACAAUAUUUGCUUGCUGUCAAUGGCGCCGGCCGCGAUCCUCCUCAAGAAUCGGGAUUGGUAAACAAUGGAUGGUACGGGAAAUUCCACAUGGAGAUGGUGUUCUGGCAUCUGACGCACUGGACUAUAUGGAACAAGUGGUCAUUAUACGACCGUAGCAUCGGCGUAUUCGAACGGUUCCUCUCUACCAGCUUCGAACGAGCCCAACAUCAAGGUUACCUGGGAGCACGCUUUGGAAAGAUGAGCGAUCCAACAGGGCGCUCGGCUCCAGGCGAGAUCAACAGCUUGUUGAUUUGGCAACAGCCGCAUCCAAUGUACUUUGCAGAGAUGGAGUAUAGGAAAUUCCCAACGGAGAAGACACUGAAGAAGUGGGAUCAAGUCUUGACCGCCGCAGCAGACUUUAUGGCGAACUAUGCAUGGUUCAACGAAUCGACCAAAGUGUAUGAUCUUGGACCGCCCAUGUAUCCAGUGUCGGAGAACACGAACCCGAAUCAGACCAUUAACCCGACCUUCGAGCUUGCAUAUUGGAGAUUUGGGCUGGAUAUUGCGGAGAAGUGGCAGCUGAGACAGAACAAGUCCAUUCCUUUGAACUGGCAUUUCGUGAAGGAAAAUCUGGCGCCUUUCCCCGUAGAGAACGAUGUGUACGUCCUAUACGAUGGCGUUAAGAACAUGUGGACAACACCCAGCUUGUCUGAAGACCAUCCAGGUCUUCUAGGUGUCUAUGGGUGGCUUCCUCCGGACCCUCGUCUUAACCUCACCACUUUCAACAGGACCAUCAAUAAGGUGUAUCAGUCGUGGAACUUCACGUACUCUUAUGGUUGGGAUUUUCCGCUACUCGCCAUCACGGCGGGCAGGCUGGGAGACUCAGAAAGAGCAGUAAAUUGGCUGCUAGAUCCUGACAACCAGUUCGAUGAAGUGGGCAUGCCAGUUGGCGGAACAAGAGUUCCGACACCAUACUUUCCGGCUAGUGCCGGUCUACUUCUUGCGGUUGGUAUGAUGGCUGGCGGUUGGGAUGGAUUGGAAGGGCCACUAUUCCCCAAAGAGUGGAAUAUUGAGGUCGAAGGCUUCUCGAAGGCCAUGUAGAUAAAAGUCCUUGGAAACAUAUGUGCCCAGAUAUGAGAGGCCAUGUCAAUACUAAGAC